AUGGGUGAUACCGGUCACGCGGAUAUGUUACCCGCCGACACGUUGCGAUUAACCGCCGAUUCCGGCUUCAGCGAAUUGCUGAGAUCGGCGGAACAGUUGUCCGCAGCCGUCGAGGGAAACGAGGAUCUACCGCAGGUCGAGAGAAAUCUGCGACAGAUAUUACAGAUAUUAGAGGCAUCUAAUGAGCUGUGGUCUCGCGUCACGCAAACAAGCACGCAGGAUAACGAAGCGCAAGCUCAUGUCUUACUAGGCUCUCGAGGGGUAGAUUUAUCUCAAAUCUCGCAAAAGCUUAAUUCACUCAGCGCAAGACGCACGUUUGAGCCUCUAGAUCCUAUUGCUGACACGGACAUUGUAAGUUAUCUUAGGAAUGAAAAGGAGAAUGCAAUUCUUUCCAUUAUUGAACAGGUCCACAAGGAUACAUUUGAACUUACUAGAGCACAACAAAUGGAACAUAUGUUAGGAGAAUGGAAGCAAAUGCGUUUUGAGAUAAUAAACGCCAUGACCGCGCCAUCCGGCGAGCUGGUGGAUUUACGCGGUGCUCCGCAACGUACAAAACUAGCUGGUUCUAUGGUCAGUGGACUCUCCAAUAUAGAAGUCGCCUAUGUGAAGGAAUUGCAGACUUAUAACGAUCAUGUACUUAGAGGCGUAACACGACCCAGUCUGUUCAAUGCGUUCUACAAAGCUUCUGAGUCCUUUAAUGACAAGAAAAUCGUAGAUCUAUGGCAAAUGGUAAAGUGUAUGGUCGAUAUUCCACCGACACCCAGAGGAGACCAAAUUAAAUCAAGAAGCAGCUCCGCGAUUGAACAGCGAAUUGUCUUGCAAGCCAAAAAAUAUCUGGAAAAUCGAUAUAAAGAUUUUAUGAACUCCAUAAUCAAUGAUAAUCUGAUGCAAGCAAAACGAGGUGGCCUUCCAGGCACCAAACAUCUGGUUAAAAGUUUCGUGGGUGUCAAAGUACAAAAUUUGAGAGAUUUGGAGCAGGAUAUCAUGGUGGAGGAUAAGCCGUUGUGGCCACUGGUGUACUACUGCAUGCGAUCCGGGGACUACAAAACCGCAUUGCAAUGCCUGAAUCAAUGCAGUAUAGAAUUCCCGGAAUUUAAAACUGCUCUCGAGGAAGCCUGCGACGAUCAGCAACAUCAUCCGAGCAAUCGCGCUGAAUCCAUCCUGAAGCUGCACUAUAGGAAGCAAGUGCGAUCCAUUACCGAUCCGUACAAGAGAGCGGCAUAUUGCGCAUUAGUUCCCUGCGAGCCGGAUGAUUUGCACUCCGAAGUAAUAUCCACGGCCGACGAUUACUUGUGGCUGAAGCUGUGCCAAGUAAGAGAUCAAGCGGAUGUUGAGAAUAAACUUACGUUGGACUACCUGCAGAGUACAAUUUCAGAAAUAUAUGGAGAAACUUAUUAUCACGCGCACGAACAGCCAUUUUUGUACUUUUCGAUGCUGUUCUUGACCGGACAGUUUGAAGCAGCAAUAGAAUUCUUGGCCACGGGCGCUGGAGCGAGGCAUUUACCGCAUGCUGUCCAUCUGGCAGCUGCUAUGCACGAACAUAAUUUAUUGGCCGUUAGUCAAAGUGUUUUAGCGCCUUUGAUAAGCGUAGAUCCUGCUGAUAAGCCACCAGCGAAGAGACUGAAUUUCGCUAGACUGAUAUUGUUGUACGUUAAAAGAUUCGAAUCGUCAGACCCGAAAGAGAGCCUUCAUUAUUUAUUUUUAUUACGAUGUAUGAAGGAUCCGUAUGAUCGUAAUAUGUUUGCUGCAUCUGCUGCGGAAAUGGUGGUAGACGCUUCCCCUGCGAACCGCGUUUUACUAGUCGGAAGACUUGACAAAGAUCGCAGACUUCCAGGGAUUUUGGAUCAAUUCCAGAUCAAUACUGACGACGUAAUAAAUAUAUGUGCCGAAACAUUGUAUAGAAAAGGUCUGCUAGAAGAUGCAGUCAUGAUGUACGAUCUGGCUAGAAAUCACGAAAAGGUUCUCAGUUUGAUGUGCACACUUUUGACGCAAGUUGUUAGCCAAAAAGGAGCGCCUGGCUCUCUCAGGGCACGAUUACAAGUCACAGCCAUGGAUAUCAGUACAAGAUACAAGGAUAUUGCAAUCCAAGCGCCUUCGGAAGUAGUGUCUUCAUUCUAUACCUUAAGAGAUCUUAUGGUUUUCUUCGAUCAAUUUCACAACGAGCAAUAUCAGAGCGCGCUUAGAACAAUCGCGGAUUCGAAGAUGUUGCCUCUUCAAGUGAAAGAAGUCGACGAAAGAGUGAAUGCUUUACGUCGAGUGUCGCCUGAAGUGGCUGGCACACUAGCCGAUGUUCUUCUAGCCACCAUGACGAUACUGUAUCGUCAAUAUCAAAAAUUGCGAUCGGUGGAACCAGGAGAUAAAAUCGCGAGGGAGCAGCAAUUACAUGAUCUCCGAGAGCAAGCCCGAGCAUUAACGAGUUUCGCAGGCACGUUACCAUAUCGUAUGCCGAAUGAGACGAAUAGCAAACUUGUACAAAUGGAGAUCCUUAUGCACUAGAAUUAAAUGCAAAAUUUAUAUACCUUUAUAUACCUUUAGUAUUUAAGUAUAGUUUAUACAUUUGUUAGCUAACGUUAUUUAAAAGGUUUGAUUUUUAAAUUUGAUUUAUAGAUAAAUAUUCCAAUAAAAUUUUUUAUUUUUAAUUAAAAGUGCAAUGAGAUUGCAUAUAUUCCAUCAAAACGUUUAUAGGUGACAAAAAUAAGUAAAUAUUCUUUCAGAUUAAAUCUAAAUAUUGUAUUAUACGUUGCAAGAGACUUUGUAGAAUGCAAGAGAAAGACUCAGUACGAUACUCGAAUUAUUUUUGUAUUUCUAUUUAUAAAUAUACGCGAUGUACUGAAUAUAGAAUUUUGCAGACAUGUUAAUUUAAUAAAUAUUGAACACAAUGAUUAA